AUGAUAACCAGAUUACCAAUUUAUUUACAAAAAUAUAUUAUUAAAAUAUUAUGUACUCAUAUUGAUUACUAUAAUAGUUUGGUUCAAACAAAUAAUGUAUUUAGUGAUUAUAGAAAAGAUGAACAAGAAAUAAAGAAAUUAAUGAUUACCGUUGCAUUAGUAUCAAGAGAAUGGUUCAAAACAUUAUCAGAUAAUUUAGUUAUAUCAGUUGACUUUAAUUUUAAAGAAAAAGGUAAAGAUCAAUAUUCAAUUAUAAAAAGUGAAAAUGUUGAAACUUUAAAAUUACAUUUCGAUCAUGAUGACCAACGAUUCUAUCAAAUUGAUAGUGAUUUUAGACCCAUUGAAAUUCCAAUUGAAAUUGUAAAUGAAAAAUUAAUGAAACUUUCAAUGAUGGAACAAACAAAUUUCAAGUACCUUUAUUUAAGAAAUGUAAAUAAUGAUUUCGAACUUAAUAUCCUAGAUAAAAUAUACCAAUGUAAACAAACAAAUGAUCAAUCAGUAACUCUAUGUCAAUUUUCAUUAAGUCCUUAUGUUGAUCUUGUAAAAAUCAAUCAUUUAAAGAAAAUAGUAUCAAAAAUUUUCACUUUAUUAAUUUAUGAAACUCCAAAAAUUCAAGUAUUAAUAGAAACUUUUAAACAAUGGUCAAAUACUAUAGAAUACUUUUUUGUUCAUUAUUCAAAAAGAUCUUUCUCAAUUAUUGAUACUCUUUCAUCAUAUAAUGAUGGUUAUGGUGAUGCUAGUGGUAGUGGUAUUGGUAUUGGUAGUGGUAGUGGUAGUGGUAGUGGUGGUGGUAGUGGUAGUGGAACUAAAAUAAACUAUUUAUCAAAUUUAAUACUUUGUGAUUAUUCUCCGAUAUCAAUUAAUGAAAUAGAAACUUUAAUUAAAUCAUCACCAAAAUUAAAAUUUCUUUCAAUUGGAAUAUGUUUAAAUAGUUUUUUAUUUUAUUUAUCAAAUGAGACAAAUCAAAAUGAAAAUCAAAAAAAACAAUUUUCAGAAUACUAUUCCCAAAUAGAUUGUUCUUGUAAUGUUUUAUGUUUUAAUGAAUCUAUUGAAGGAAAUUUAAUGACAAAAGAUGAAAAAUCAAUUAAAUUUAAUAAUCAUUUUUCAAAUAUCAAUAAAUACUUGAAUGAAAAUGAAAAUACAAUUAAUCAACUUCGAAUUUAUAAUUAUUGUUCAUUUAAUAAUCAAAUUCCUAUACUUAAACAAUUUUUAAAAGCACCAAAUUUUUUAAUUGGAAAAUUGGUUUCAUUUAUAUCAUCUUUUAAAUCUUUGAAAAUUCUUGAAGUUUACUUUUUCAAUGAACAAUUAUUCAAUGAAAUCAUAUUUAAAAAUCCAAAUAUUACUCAUUAUAGAAUUACUGUAUCAGAUGAAACCAUUUCAAAAAAUGAUGCUUUAAAAUAUUCAACUGAAAUAUUAUCGAAAAAUUUUCAUAUUAUUGAAUUUAGAAUUAAUUUAAAAUAA